AUGUGUCUGCUUCCGGCCUCACCUACAGUUCCUGGGCCACCUCUUCCACCGACCCAACUGAUCGCUCGACAGCUCAGUGCCUACCCACAAUUGGACUACCACAUCUCUUGGUCCCCGCCCCAGAGCUCGUCCGGCGACUCGAGGCCUCGUCCGGACAAACCGCACGACAUGUCGGCCACCAACAUCGAGGCUUCACAGACUCACGACGCAGUCACCGACCUGGCCCCCUCAUCGGCAGUCUUAGCCGCGACCGCGCCUCCUGCUGGGGCCCCCGAGUCGGCCGUGAUGCUGGUCGGGUCGUUUGUGUCCGGACUACCCACCAACUAUCGAGUGGUUUGGGGUCCCCGGCAGGAGGAGCCGGUCAACAAAGAGAUGUACAAUGACGCGGCUGGCUUCAGUCCGAUCCUAGAUUCUCGAAAGUCAGACGUCCGUGUCAUCAGCAAGGUAGGUGGAAAGGAUGCAGAACCGUCUUCUCAGAAGAGGAUGGAAGCCAAAGUAGCCCAAUUCCUGAGGCCGACAUCUAUUCCCCACGAAUUGCGUGUUAGUCGAAUGAUGCUUGGCCUAAAGGUACCACAUGGAGGGCAAGGAUGA